AUGGCUCCCGGCUUCUUGAGCACGCGCAAAGCGGUGUUCCUGGGCAUGGGAGUGCUCUUAUUUACGUACCUCAUGGUGAUGAAUGUCUUUCUUGACACGCCAGUACAGAGUCCACGUUUGAAGCAUGAAACAAAGCGCCUAUUUCAAGACCAAAUAGGUCAUACAAAGGCGAAAAAGGCUGUUGUUCCCGUCAAUUUGCGGCUUUGGACACUUAAAAAAAAUCGUAAAUAUGUGUGGUUAGAUGUGGCUAUUGAUGACGUCUACGUCGGUCGCAUCACGGCUGAAUUGUAUGCUGAUCAGGUGCCUAAAACAGUGGAGAAUUUUCGAGCUUUGACGACGGGUGAGAAGGGACCGGACUAUUCUUUUAAGGGCAGUGUGUGUCACCGUAUUGUCAAGAAAUUUGUUGUCCAGUGUGGAGAUUAUACAAAAGGUACAGGAACAGGUGGUCGUAGUAUUUACGACAGCAAAUUUGAUGACGAACCUAAUGGACUGAGACUCAAGCAUUCCAAGAGAUACAUUCUACAAAUGGCCAAUGCUGGUCCUAAUACAAAUGGGAGUCAAUUUUGCUUUAUGUUGAGAGCGGAACCUUCUCUUGACGGCAAGCACGUGGUCUUUGGGGAAGUAGUCGAGGGAUUUGGAGUUGUGGACAAGAUGGAAGAAGCAGGCGUGAAAAGUGACGGAAUGCCACUGGAGCACAAGGUGAGCUUUACAGAUGGAGGCGAGCUUUUCGCCUAG